UCAUCAUUUCACGAUUGGAUUUCCCAGGCAGAGGACGCUUCACCGGACACAGCGGAAAGAGAACAAGUGCUACAAAAAACCAACCACGUAGUGAAGUAGUGAAGGGCUAAUUAUUCCUUAUUUGUGAUUUGUAUACGUGUUGAAAAGUGCUCAAUUGCAGUGAAAAUGGUUCUGGAGAAGGAAAACUUUGCUGAUAACAUGGAGGUUCUGAUUAAGAACACCCACAAAGUGCUGACAGAAAGUGGAGCAAACGUGACUGCAGUAACGCAGACUACGAAGUCCCAAAGCACCAUCACCGCUGACGAGACGAUGGAUGAGAACAAGGUGAUGGUGACCGAGUCCUCAGUUGAGGAUCCCAAGGAGUUGGCUAAGACCGAGCUGUCGGAGGUUCACUUGCAUGAGCAGACACCGUUCGAUCCGUCCAUCGAACCACUGCUCAAGGAUAAUCCACGUCGGUUUGUCAUCUUCCCGAUUCAAUAUCAAGACAUCUGGCAGAUGUACAAGAAGGCCGAGGCAUCCUUCUGGACUGUAGAGGAGGUGGACCUAUCAAAGGAUAUGAAGGAUUGGGAGUCGUUGAAGCCGAGCGAACGUCAUUUCAUCUCGCACGUGCUCGCUUUCUUCGCUGCGUCGGACGGAAUCGUAAACGAGAAUCUGGUCGAACGAUUCAGCCAGGAAGUGCAGGUGACCGAAGCGCGCUGUUUCUAUGGUUUCCAGAUCGCCAUGGAAAACGUCCACAGCGAGAUGUACUCUCUGCUGAUCGACACGUACAUUCGUGACCCGAAGGAACGCGAAUUCCUCUUCAAUGCCAUAGAAACGCUACCGUGUGUGAAGAAGAAGGCUGAUUGGGCCCUGAACUGGAUUUCGAGCAAGAAAGCCAACUUCGGCGAGCGUGUUGUCGCGUUUGCCGCCGUCGAGGGAAUCUUCUUCAGCGGUAGCUUUGCCGCUAUUUUCUGGCUUAAGAAGCGAGGGCUGAUGCCGGGUUUGACGUUCUCGAACGAGCUAAUUUCGCGUGACGAGGGCUUGCACUGCGAUUUUGCUUGCCUUAUGUUCAAGUAUCUGGUGCAGAAGCCGACGCGCGAGCGUGUGACCAGCAUCAUUCGCGAUGCGGUGGUGAUCGAACAGGAGUUCCUUACCAAGGCGUUGCCGGUCGAUAUGCUGGGCAUGAACUGUGACCUGAUGUCGCAGUACAUCGAGUUCGUUGCCGAUCGGCUUCUGGUGGAGUUGGGCUGCGAAAAGGUCUAUAACACAAAAAAUCCCUUCAACUUCAUGGAGUUCAUCUCACUGGAGGGAAAAACAAACUUCUUCGAAAAGAAGGUUGGCGAAUAUCAGAAGUGGGGCGUGAUGGCUAACCGACUGGACAACGUGUUCACGCUGGAUGCGGAUUUCUGAGCGUGCUUUAGUAUUCCGAUUAAACAUCGGUAGUCUUCACUAUUUUUUUCAUGAACAAUUUGGAAACGCAGCUGGAAUGCAUUAACUUACCGAAGGAGUCCCUUUGUACGUCCACUAUUGUUGGGCAUUGGAGGUAUUGAACGAACGACAAACACAACAGUGGCAAUAGUGUGAUUUAUUAGCUGAGUGCGUCUCUGGCCACAUCAUCAUCCAUAUUUUUUUUGUAAGGUGAAAUUCUAUUUUAUUUAGUUUCAAAUUAUUUUCGAUCCAGAUUGUAGUUUUUUGGACAGAAGUAAGACGUCAUGAUCAGCUUGAUUUUGUAGUUUUUAUUAGAUGAUAAACGAUUGGGUUGUAUUUGCACGCUAAAUACCAGUUAACUUUUCCAUUAUUGUUUGUCCGAUGCAAUAGUAUAAAUCCAACCCAUAUGUGUCACGCGUAGGUUAUUAGACGAUUAGUUUAAAUAGUGGGAUCUCAUUGAGAUGUUGAACGUGUGAACAAGGGGAAAAUUAUAGAUCCACCAUCGGGCUGGGGAUACCUACACCGAGACGACGUGCUAGGCAGGGAGGAGCAACAUGUUGAAAUGCAUGUUGUGUUCACCCACAUCUCUAGCACUUGAAUCGCUUAGAGCUAAGAGAAAAGUAACGAAUAUCGGAUUUUACUCUGAUCAAACGUCUGGACGCUACGGUUGCGUAAGAGAGCAAAAGUGCUUAUUUGUAAAAUCUAAUUGUAAUUAUUACGUACUAAUGUUUAAAUCUAUAUACAACACUAUGUGAAUGAAUCGACAUCUUUUUGGUGCAUCUUCUAAAAUAAAGGUGUUUAUUAUAUAAAAAUAA